AUGGCCAGACAUCUGAAGUUCAUCACCAGGACUGUGAUGGCACAGGAAGGGAACGUGGAAAGCGCACACAGGACCCUAAACAGAAUCCUAGCUAUGGAUGGGUUCAUUGAGGACAUUAGGCGUUGGCGGUAUUAUGAGAAGCCAUGCCACCGGCAGCAGAGGGAAAGCUAUGAGAGGUGCCGGUGGAUCUGUAGCAUGGAAAUGGCUCACAAGAUCAACUUCUUGAUGUGA